AUAUGUGUUUGCGUUCCAAUGGCGGGGCAGACGAUGGUAUGUGUUGAUGAUUUUGAACGUUUUGCACAAAAGCACCUCGCAAGGAAUGUCUUCGAUUAUUACAGAAGUGGUGCAAAUCUAGAAGAAACACUGAAAGAUAAUAGAGAAGCGUUUAAAAGGUAUAAAAUAAGGCCCAGAGUCUUGCGUGAUGUGUCACACAGAAACCUUUCUACCACCAUACUUGGUGAAAAAAUUGACUUUCCUAUUUGUAUUGCUCCGACUGCUAUGCAGAAAAUGGCUCAUCCCGAUGGAGAGAUAGCAACAGCGAAAGCGGCUGCAAAAAUGAAGACUCUAAUGUGUCUAAGCUCCUGGGCCACUUGUAGCUUUGAAGAAGUUGCUGAAGCAGAUCCUAAUGGGCUAAAAUGGUUUCAAUUAUAUAUAUACAAAGACCGUGAAGCAACUGCACAGCUUGUAAGAAGAGCCGAAAAAGCUGGCUACAAAGCCAUAGCACUGACAGUUGACACACCUAUAUUAGGGAGACGAUAUGCUGAUGUUAGAAACAAGUUUCAAUUGCCUCCCCACCUAUCGUUAGCUAACUUUGACAACGAGGAUAAGCAUGCUACAGGUGUGAAAAGUACAAAUGACUCUGGACUGGCAGCCUAUGUGGCCUCAUUAAUUGAUCCAUCUCUCAACUGGGAACACGUGGAGUGGCUGAAGAGCAUCACCAAAUUACCCAUAGUAGUCAAGGGAAUUCUCACAGCUGAAGAUGCAUUGGAAGCAUUGAAUCAUGGUAUUGCUGGUAUACUGGUAUCUAAUCAUGGUGCCAGGCAGUUAGAUGGUGUCCCUGCUACAAUAGAUGUAUUAUCAGAGGUUGUGCAAGCAGUAAAUGGCCAGGUAGAAGUGUAUUUAGAUGGCGGUGUCAGAACUGGUACAGAUGUACUAAAAGCAAUAGCUUUAGGUGCUAAAUGUGUAUUUCUAGGUAGACCUGCUCUUUGGGGACUAGCUUACAAUGGAAAAGAGGGUGUACAACAAGUACUACAGAUUAUAAAGGAUGAAUUCAGUCUAGCGAUGGCCUUAUCAGGUUGCUGUACUGUCAGCGAUAUAAAACCCUCACUAGUAUCUCGACAUUCAUACGACUGGUGUAAGCUGUGAGACUCUCUUUUAUAGUGGCAGUUCAAAAGUUCAUCUCAGAAUCGUGGAAUGAAAGCAACGUACAUAUCAUUUUGUCGUCAAAUUAACAUUGGUGUGCUGGAUACAUCAAUAUGUUGUUGAAAAAGAAAUGAUUCCAACAAUAACAAUUAUUUUGUUUAUUUCUGAGCUGUGGAAAUGAAGAGUCGCUGAAUUCAACAGUGUGCGUGAAAAAUAUUAAAAACUGAAAUUAUAAAUAGAAUGGCAAACAAUCCUUUGAAGAGCUUGUCACUGUGUGAAAUAUUGCAGCUAUGACGGUAUGAGUGAUUGGAGAUUGUGAUAGAAAUCAAAUUAGCAAUAUUUAUAAGAUGGAAUAAGAUGUAUUUACAUGAAAAAAAAUUACAGGCUAUUCAAAUGGAAAGGAUAUGAUGUCAACGUAGGAAUAGUGUUGAAUGGUAAUUAUGUCACAUGUCUUAUUAACUAUGGAGUCAACAGUAUUAUCAUGUUUGAAAUAUAUCACCUUUAUACGUCUGUAUAAAUAUUAUUAUGACAUUGAUUUAUGUGAU